UUGAAUAUUAUGGCUUUCCUCAAACUGAGCCUUCUCGUCCUGUAGAGGAGUUGUGUGUUUCCCCUCUAGAAGAACUUGUCUCGUGUUUACAGCCUGAGGGAGGAUGGAGAAGCUGUCAGGGAAAGACAAGGAGCUGAUACGAGGCAGCUGGGAGAGCCUGGGCAAGAACAAAGUUCCUCAUGGUGUCAUCAUGUUUUCCAGACUGUUUGAGCUGGACCCUGCGCUCCUCAGUCUUUUCCACUACAGUACAAACUGUGGCUCCACACAAGACUGCCUCUCCAGCCCUGAGUUCCUGGAACAUGUCACCAAGGUGAUGCUUGUGAUCGACGCAGCAGUCAGCCACCUGGAUGACCUUCACUCCUUGGAGGACUUUCUGCUCAACCUUGGGAGGAAGCAUCAGGCAGUGGGAGUCAACACACAGUCAUUUGCUAUGGUGGGUGAGUCCCUUCUCUACAUGCUGCAGUGCAGUCUGGGUCAGGCAUACACGGCGCCGCUGCGUCAAGCCUGGCUCAACAUGUACAGCAUUGUGGUAGCAGCCAUGAGCCGAGGGUGGGCCAAGAACGGCGAGGACAAGGCUGACUGAGGCGCACAGCGGGGAGCUGCUGAGCAGAUGCUGUCAAAUCACUCGACGUGGUUGCCAUCGAAUGCUGUACA